UGUUGUAGCAACACCAACUGCCUUUGGAGAGCCCUUCAGUUUCCUCGAGGAUGAACGUGUUGGAGAGCCUGGGGAAUCUCCUUAGGAGACAGUAUGGAGAGGGCAAAGAGACAAGGGAGAGGCAGAAGAGGCCUGCCUUUCAACCUCACUUAAAAGGAUCAAGAAAGAAAUGGUUCAAAAGGAAGAACAGGGCUGCUGUAGAACCAUCAACUACCUCCUCCCUAGUCACUAAGAAAGAGAUGAAUGAGAAGAUGGAGGGUAUGAGUAAACAGCUGGAUCAAUUGGCCAUGGAAACCAAGGAGCUUAGGGAUUGCCUCAUCUCCAUCACUGAAGGAUGCCCUGACGACAGGUCCAUAUCCUAUCAUCGGCCAAAACCUUUCUAUGAAAAUCUCCAGAUGGAGCAUAAGCAGGUCAUGGAUGACCUACAGAGAUUGCAAAAUGAGAACAAGGAAGCCUUGGAAAGAUUCCAUGAGAUCACCGAGGAAUCAUGCUUCUAUUGCAAUCUGCAGCAACAACUCCAGAUGGAGAAGUCUCAGGUGCAGUACGUGGUGGAGAAGCUGAGGCAAGAGACCAAGAAGGUGCUAGGGGAAUGGAUCCUGCUCCAGUAUUACUUGGAUGAACUGAAAGUCAUCUGUGAGAAAGAAGAGCGAGUCAUCCGUGACCUCCAGACCCAGGAGCAUCAGGAGCAGCAGAGACUGGAGGCAAAUCUACAGUCCCAGCAAAAGGAGGAGCUAAUCAUUGAGAAAAAGACCUUAGCAGGAAAGCUGCAGAAUUACCUGACUGUCUCCCAGAUGAGAUCAGAAAAACUGCAACAGGAGAUAGAGAAGGCUUCAGGCCAUGAUGAGAGCACCCUGCAGACAGAACUGCGGUUCCACGAGCACUAAGAGACACAGGCAAGUGAGCCACCAUUGCAUUGUAUUUUCACAAAUAAUGGCAUUCUUGGUGAGGCGUUUCUUCCUCAAAUCUAUGUUUGUAUGUGUGAAUAUACCCUGGUUUGGUCUAAUUGGUAACAGAACAAUGGUGAUUUUGGAACUGACUGCCUUUCUUUAUCUCACAGCACACUUUCAGAGAAUUAAGGAGGUCAAAGGAAGCCACAGAAAAGCAAAAAUCACAACAUUCUCCAAAAUAGAAUCAAGACCUCACCAUAAGAACUGUCAAUCUAGCUGUAAUCUCACCCGUGAUGCUAAUAUUAUGCUAAGUUAUUUGGUAUGUCCAAUGUCUGAUUCAUGCGUUUCUUGUCUCAAUUUCAGGAGUAACAAAAUCAUCACAAAGAAGUUUGAGAUCCAAAAUACCUUCCAAGAAAUACUCAGAGCCCACACAUCUACCAGCAAGUGGAGCUCAACAACAUGGAGGGAGGACAUGUCUCUGCUCAAAAUUCUCAUCCUGUCCAGUGCUGAAGCUACUGCUUUUCACUGUUUCUUCGUGGUUUGGGGUUGUUGUUCCAGUUUCACGUUUUAUGAUCCUUUGGAUCUGAGUUUUGUUCUUGUUUUGUGUUUGAUAUUUUAUUAAGAUUAUAUGUUUUAUGUACUCCAUGCCCUGUUGAAGCCCUUUGUUCUUGUUUCAUAUUGAUAUUUGGCUAAAGCUAUAUAUUUUAUAUAUAAAAUGUCCUGUUAAUUCCCUACUGAGUGCAAUGACUAUUCCUUUUUUCCCUGGAGAUUUAUUUAAAUUAGAAACAAUGUAGUUUUAAUGUGGUUCCCAAUUAUCUCUCCCUCCCAGCCUAUCAUACACUGCCAACCCAGUGCCCCAUCCACCUUCUGCACCCCAUCGAUUUAGGCCUUGCAUGUGGGAUCAUCAAAGUUUGUCACAUCAUUUAAGGCUGUGUCUAGGGCUUCUCCAGUGGAAAUGACUAUAUUUAAAUAAAUAAAAAGUUUAAACUCU